AUGAUCAGAUUAUUUGGAUAUCAAUAGCACCGGAGAAUAGAAUAGCCCAUGGCUUCUUCCAACAAAAUGAAGAUCAUCAAGUCAACGUUCCUUGUUUUGUGCCUCUUAGCCUCGUCGUUCCUCUGUCCAAUCAAGGCUCACGGAGGAAGCGGUGAUUCUCAUGACGAUGAAUCUGAUAGCGAAGGUUUGCAUUCUCGGGGUCUGAUCGUGGUGAAAAUAUGGUGUUUGAUCAUCUUCCUUGUGAGCACUUUCGCUGGUGGGGUUUCUCCUUACUUCUACCGUUGGAACGAGUCUUUUCUUCUUUUGGGGACUCAGUUCGCUGGUGGGGUUUUCUUGGGAACCUCUUUGAUGCAUUUCUUGAGCGAUUCUGAUGAGACCUUCCGAGACCUUACCACAAAAUCUUACCCUUUUGCCUAUAUGCUGGCUUCAUCUGGGUACCUUCUCACCAUGCUUGGUGACUGUGUUAUCACUUAUGUCACCAGCAAUAGCAAGAGGGAAGCCAAAGUGGUGGAACUGGAAGGAGGGACAACACCACCCCAAGAGCAUGAGCAUGACCAAGCCAGAGAUCAUUGCGCAGUGGCGGAGACAACAAACCCUGUAUUAUUGAAGACUUCUUCUGUUGGAGACACCAUUCUACUCAUCCUUGCACUGUGUUUCCAUUCAGUUUUUGAGGGCAUUGCAGUUGGAGUUGCAGGUACUAAGGCGGACGCAUGGAGGAACUUAUGGACAAUAUCCUUGCACAAGAUAUUUGCUGCUAUUGCAAUGGGAAUUGCUUUGCUAAGGAUGUUACCUAAGAGACCCUUUGUAACAACAGCAGCAUAUUCAUUGGCCUUUGCUGUCUCAAGCCCCAUUGGUGUGGGGAUUGGCAUUGCCAUAAAUGCCACAACACAAGGAAGCACCGCAGAUUGGAUGUUCGCUAUAACAAUGGGUAUUGCUUGUGGGGUCUUCAUCUAUGUUGCUAUCAAUCAUUUAAUAUCCAAAGGCUUCAAACCACACAAGACAACACGUUACGACACUCCCUGGUUUAGGUUUGUCGCCGUGCUUUCUGGUGUUGCUGUUAUAGCUGUAGUCAUGAUCUGGGACUGAUCAUCAUGUUUCAAUUCCUGUUUUUCUUUGUUCAUUAAUAAUUGUUCUACGAAAUUGUGCGUGUGAUAAUUAUGAUGAAUGUACCAUUAUAUGUUCGCCACAAUAUUAAACGUUCGUUUAAUAUUUUGAAUAAAAAUUUAUAGUCUUUGUUCUUUCUAUCA